AUGGCUCGUUCAGCACCUGUGCCUUCUACAGUUACUAUUACAGAUCCAAAUAAUCCUAACAAAAUUUUUAAUCGUAUUACAAAUAGCAACAGUGGUGGUAAGAAUACGAAUACUACAACAUUGAUAUCCGCAAUGAAUAACAACAUGCCAUCAGAAGACGUCUGGUCUACGCUUGAUAUUGGUGGUAUAGGAUUAAAGAACAUUGCACCUGUACUUUGGACAUAUGAUUUCUUGACCGUUUUAUAUUUGAAUCAUAAUAAUCUAACUCAUUUAACAAGUGAUGUUGCUAAACUUGUGAAUUUGAAAACACUUGAUGUUUCUGGUAACAAACUCAAAUCAGUGCCACCUGAAAUAGGCAUGUUGGUUAAAUUACAUGAAUUGUUAUUAUUUGAUAAUAACAUUACAACUUUGCCUAAUGAGUUGGGAACUUUAUGUGAAUUAGAGAUGCUUGGUUUAGAGGGAAAUCCUAUUCAACCUGAAAUUAAAAGUUUAUUAUUAAGGGAAGGUACACAAGCUGUUAUUAUAUCUUUAAGAGAAAAUGCCCCAGUUGGUAUGCCACCACCUCAACGAGAAUGGAUUACGAUUGAAAACAAUAUACUAGAAGAUGAUAAUGAUAAAUUUUCUGUACUUUGUUAUAAUAUUCUUUGUCCGAAAUACGCUACCUCUCAAGCAUAUGGAUAUACACCUUCUUGGGCUUUGAAUUGGGAUUAUCGUAAAGAACAUAUUAUUUCAGAAGUUCUCAGUUAUAAUUCAGAUAUUAUCUGUUUACAAGAAGUAGCUAUAAAGGAUUAUGAAGGCAAAAUAGGAGAUGCAUUAAAAGAACAUGGAGAUUAUGAUAGUGUUUUCUUUCCAAAAUCUCGCGUAAAAACAAUGACUGGAAAAGAAAGAAAAGAAGUAGAUGGUUGUGCUAUCUUUUACAAAGCUUCAAAAUAUAAUUUAAUUGAGCAUCACUUAUUGGAAUACCAUCAAAAAGCAAUUCAGCGUCCUGAUUUUAAACAUAGUGAUGAUAUUUAUAAUCGUGUGAUGACAAAGGAUAAUAUUGCAGUCAUGAUUAUUUUGGAACAUAAAGAAAGCUUACGUCGACUGUUAGUAGUGAAUUCACAUAUCUUUUGGGAUCCACAAUAUGCAGAUGUCAAGUUAGUUCAAGUAGGUAUGAUGAUGGAUGAGAUUGAAAGUUUUGCAGCAAAGCAUCUAUCUCCACCUUCUACUUCACCUAAUGGCCCAACCUAUGCCUCUACAAAAUUGUUACCGACAAUUAUAUGCGGUGAUUUUAAUUCUGUUCCUGAAUCAGGCGUAUAUGAAUUCUUAUCAAAGAGUUCACUAUCACCUCAUCAUCCUGAAUUUGGUGGUCAUUCAUAUGGUAGUUACACGACAGAAGGAUUAACACAUCAUUUAUCUGUUAAAAGCUGUUAUAGUCACAUUGGUGAAUUAGAUAUCACUAAUUAUACACCUGAAUUUAAGGGAACUUUAGAUUAUAUUUGGUAUACUAAUAAUACACUAGAAGUGAUAACCUUACUUGGAGGCAUUAGACAAGAUUAUUUAGAUAAAGUAGUUGGCUUUCCAAAUCCACAUUUUCCUUCUGAUCAUAUUCCAUUAAUGGCAGAAAUUAGAAUUAAACUUCCUCUUCGUGAACAGAAUGAACCAAACUCUGGCUUUACAAAUAAUAAUAGUGCUUCACGUAAAAAAUGA